AUGUGUCGUUGUCGAGACAAGUGCCUUGCACUCCAGGUGCAAGCUAAGUCCAAUACACGCACACUAAGUGAAACUGCGCUGCCACACUUUUCCAUGGCAUUCGAGCAAUGCCAUGUCUAUAAGGUUCGAGGGCCUUGCAAGGGUCUUACACUAGGUACCAGUUAUGAUCUUAUAGCCACUCCUAACAAGUAUAACACAUGCCAUAUUGUGAUAGGUAGUGGUGUUACACCAUGA